AAAAGUGUUGAAGGAAAAAAUUUAGGAGACAUAACAAGCAAACAAACUAUUUUUUUCAUAUGACCCUCCCUUUAGUCGAGGGAAUAAAGGGAAAAAUCCUAUUACUGAACAGAAAGAAAAGAAACACAAUAGAAAAUUUGUAUGACUUAAGGGGGCCCCCCUAAAAGAAAUUUUUUUUUCUGAGCAUCCAAUCUUGAUGAAAUUUUCAGCGGAGGUGUAUCUUGGGCUAGGUACCUUACAGUAAAAAUUUCAGCUCGAUAUAUUGAGUGUACGAAGAGCUAGCUUAAGCUUAUGGGUCAAAAUUUAGGGUUUCGUGCGUCCCAAAUUUCUCCGCCACUUUAAAUGCUAGAAAGUUCGGGUUGGUUUUAAAAUGUAGCCCAGACAUGGCGCUACAACUUAACAGGGCCCGAUUUUUUGUUUUUUUCUUAGCUUGUGUUUCUAGAAGACUUCUCUGGUAAAAUACGAAAAACCCAAGGGGUAUAGGUUUGGAACAGUUAGUUUUCAAUAAAUAUUAAGGGCAAAAUCAAAAAAUCCGGCUCUGUUAAGUUGUAGAGCUAACUUUUGCCUUCAUUUUGACACCAAGCCCAGCUUUCUAGCGUUUAAAAUGGCGGAGAAAUCUGGGACGCACGAGAAUGUAAAAAUCAAAAAUCCUAUUUUGAGAAAAAACCAAAACUUUUUAGAAAAACCUUAUUUUCUCCUACGAGAGGUUCAAAAAAGCCUGUGCAAUAUCCUUAAAUCUCAUCAUAAAACCAAUAAACUAUAGUGCAUUCGAAAGUAGACACGUAGCUCUAUCUAACGAGCUAUGAAUCACAAAAUUGAUGGAUUUGACCAAAAUUGACUUUUUUAGGGGGGGGGGGGGCCCUUAACUCGAUUUUGUGAGAAAUAUUCAAUAAAUCGCAAAAUUGGAAAUCUCAAUAUAGAUACGAUUAUUCGAUUAGCACGCGUAGUUUUAGAUACAAAUUCAUUUGCUUAUAAAGAUAAAUAUUAUCGACAAAUUAAAGGUGGUGCUAUGGGUUCACCAUUUACUAUGGUUCUCGCCAAUAUUUACAUGUUAGAAUGGGAACAAAAAUUAAUUCAACAUCAAAAUAGACAGCAUGAAAUGUAUGGCCGAUAUAUUGACGAUGUAUUUAUGACUACGAAUUUAUCAAAAGACGAAAUUUUACAACAACUAAAUGAAACAAUGAAAACAGAUCCUAAUAUUAAAAUUACUAUUACGAUAAAUCAAGCAUUAGAAUAUCUUGAUGCUAGUAUUGAAAAUAAUAAUGGACAAUUAAAAACAACUAUUUAUCAUAAAUCAGCUUGGGAACCUCAUAUUCUACCUUACGAAUCUGAUCAUCCACGACAUAUGCAUGCAAAUAUAAUUUAUACGAUGUUAGUCAGGGCAGCACGUCUUUGUUCAAGUGUGGAAAGUUUUGAUAUGGAACGAUUAAGUACAGAAAUGAUUUUACUAAUAUCCAUUUCAAAAUAA